CGUACUCUCUCCCUCUCUCGUCUCUCUCCAUAAUUCCCUUCCUUCUUCUUCUUCCUCUCUGCCUCUCGUAAACUAAUUGAAAAAGAGAGGGAGAUAAUAAUAAUAAUAGGGCCAAAACCCCACACACACAAAAAAGCUCGCCCGAAAGUUAAUUGUUUUUUGGGUUCCCAAUUUGCUCUGUUCUCCCUCUCUCUCUCUCUCAUCAUCAUCAAUUCAAUCAUCACUCCUUUUCUCUUCCUCGUUUUAUGAUUUUUGUUCUCUGCAAAAGACAGAGCAGCAAAACCACAGAUCGCCAUCACCCUCCGCCAGCUCUCACUGACUCUCCCGCAUCUUCUCCUCUAAGGACUGGACUGGAUGGGAUUGAAUGAAGCAGUGAUUGCCUAAACCGCCACCACUGCUCUCUCUUUUCCCUUCUCCGAUUGAUACUUACUCAAUCCUCCCGCCGCCUAGGGCUCCUUUUCUCUCUCUACGUAAGUCUUCCAAUCUGUCUCCGCUUUUGAUUAUGUACCUCUGCCACCCUUCACUUCACUGGCCUGUUUGUUCUUUUCUUCUCUCCCGAAGCUGCUAUCUACUGGCGAUGCAUGUAUCAAUAUGUGGUUUCUCUUCUGUAAUGCAAAUUUGAUCUUGUUUUUCGGGAUUCUGCUUACUCUGUUACCCCUCUGCAUCUUACUUCGCUUCUCACCUUGGUCUUUGUAAUUUUAGCGUUUCUGAACAACCAUUUUUUCUCUGCUUGCAGGGAACUCGACUGUUCAAUUUUUUUGUUUAGGGACUUGAGCAAUACCCAGCUAGUGGCUUCCUCAUAUACCGAGGGUACACUUUCGAGUUCCCUAUUCCUUUUUUUUUCCCCUUCUUCCCUUUUUCGUUUGUUGGUCUUAGGGAGAACAUGAAUGGUGCUUGCUCAGAUUCACAACAAUUAACCACUUUUUUAUUUCGUUUCUACUGGUCUUGGUCAGUUCCUUGCUUGCAUGUUUCGGAGAUUCUUACCUUUUGGAAAUGUUAUUAGAUUUAGCUUCCUAAACUUGCUUUUCAGUGAGGAAGGUCAUCCUUUUCAUCACUUGCAUACUGCCUUCUGCCAUUCUACUUUCCUUUUCCUGGUUUUGUUUUUAUUAUUUUUGCAUUUUUGUCAAACGGGCAUGGUAAACUGCCAGGAAUUAUUGUUCCUUCUCCUGUUGGGGGCUAUUCAUGCAAUGCAUCAACCUUAAAUUUUGGCUAAUGUGACUUUCAUUGUUAGGGAUAACGGUAGGACCAUUCUUUGAUGUGGGUGGUGGUAGUUGGCACAAUUGUUUACUAUUGAAGAUUUUUCUGAUUGUUCUAAAGUCUGUUGUUUGCUUGGUUCUCAAAGUUGAUAUUUUGGGAAGUCUAUGGUCUGCAUUUGGUUGAUGUUGAAUUUGAUUGAUUAAUAACCAGUAGUUUUACAGAGUCGAAAAGCAGGGCAAAUGAGUAGAGUAGUAAAAGAGAACCACAACCAUAGAAGUGAAGAACCUCAAACAGUAGAUUAGGGGACCAGCUGCGCUUGAAUAAUUAAAUUAGGGAUUUUGCGAUAUAUUAUUGGGUUGUAAUGUGAGAUAUUCAUAGAAUUUGAAAUGCGAGAGACAAAGUAGAAGAACUGACCUCGAUGUUUGAUGUUGUGACUUUGAGAAUUCAGGGUCUUUGAAAUGCAACAGGAGCUUUAAUUUUUAUUACCAAUCUUUUGCCAAUACUCAUUUGAAUGUAUGUAUAUGUUAUUUGAAGGGCACAAGUUGGAUACUAUAAGCAAAUUCAACCAUGGACCCUAAUGGAGGCCAAAAAGUGAAGCGAAGGAAUCCACUUGUGCAUGAAAAUGGUGAUUUCGCACUUUCUAGCCUCGGUGAUGUAGACCCAUGGACUGCAUGGGCAUACAAGCCACGCACCAUCUCGCUUCUACUUAUUGGUGCAUGCUUCCUGAUUUGGGCUAGUGGAGCGCUUGACCCUGAGAUUAGCACAGGUGGUGAUGUUGUUACGUCCGUGAAAAGAGGUGUAUGGGCUAUGAUCGCAGUUUUUCUUGCUUAUUGCUUGCUGCAAGCUCCAUCAACGAUUCUUAUAAGGCCACAUCCAGCACUUUGGAGGCUAGUUCAUGGCAUGGCUGUCAUCUAUCUUGUCUCCCUCACUUUUUUGCUUUUUCAGAAACGUGAUGAUGCUAGACAGUUCAUGAAAUUCCUUCACCCCGAUCUUGGAGUGGAGCUUCCUGAAAGGUCUUAUGGAGCAGAUUGUCGCAUUUAUACACCUGAAAAUCCUACAAGCAGGUUUAAGAAUCUUUAUGACACAUUUUUCGAUGAAUUUGUUCUAGCUCAUAUUUUUGGAUGGUGGGGCAAGGCUAUACUCAUCCGCAAUCAGCCUCUUCUUUGGGUGUUAUCUGUUGGAUUCGAGUUCCUAGAGUUUACUUUUCGCCACAUGUUGCCAAAUUUCAAUGAGUGCUGGUGGGACAGUAUCAUUCUCGAUAUACUGACAUGCAACUGGUUUGGUAUUUGGGCAGGUAUGCGUACUGUAAGGUACUUUGAUGGGAAAACGUACGAGUGGAUUGGUAUUAGCCGGCAGCCUAAUAUUAUGGGCAAGGUGAAACGAACACUUGGACAAUUUACACCGGCACAGUGGGACAAGGAUGAAUGGCACCCUUUACUUGGUCCAUGGCGUUUUCUUCAAGUUCUGACCCUGUGCAUAGUCUUCCUGACAGUAGAACUGAACACAUUCUUUCUCAAGUUCUGUCUUUGGAUCCCUCCACGCAACCCUGUGAUAAUAUAUAGAUUGAUCUUGUGGUGGCUAAUUGCCAUACCAACAAUCCGUGAAUACAAUUCCUAUCUUCAGGAUCGGACACCGUUUAAAAAGGUUGGAGCUUUUUGUUGGCUUUCCGUUGCAAUUUGCAUUAUUGAGCUUCUCAUCUGCAUCAAGUUUGGACAUGGUUUGUAUCCAGCUCCUAUGCCUAGGCUGUUAGUUGUCUUGUGGACUGGUGCAGGCGUUACCCUGGUCGCAUUCGUGCUUCUAUGGUCAUGGCAAUUGCAUCGAAGAAGUCGUGAGAGAAAGAGACGAUGAUUUCUCAUAGUGGUUUUGCUGGUAGUCGCUCAUUCUAUCUUAUUGUUUUUUUGGCUUGUCAUAGAUGGUGGGUUUGGGGUAGGGUUUUGUACAUACCCUGUCUCUCUGCAUAGAGAAACUGUAAAUGCUGAUAUAUCUUGUUGGAUCUUUUCACAGUUCCUGAGAUUAGCAUAGAGAAUCACAUGGAUAGAGUUGUUUCUGCAUAGGAUUUCUAGUCCAUUGAGUUGCUAAUUUGAGCGCAUCGGUAAAUUGGGUUGUCUUUUCCGUUCAGAAUCGUGUGUGUCUUAGGCUUUGAACACGAAUAUGGGAUUUGGUGAACAAGGUUUCUAAGGAAGUACAGAUUUGAGUGAAGCUAUAGCCUUUGUAGGAGGCAUUCAUGAGUGUUUGAUUUGCUGAAGAAACGAUGUGGUUUGGU